AUGUCAGACACGGAGAUGGAUGGGCGAUGGGCUGGGGCGCAGCGCCUGCUGUCAAACACAAAGGUCUCGGAUGUGUGCAAGACGGGGCAGAAGAUCGUGCUGCUGGAGCACAAUCAGACGAUAGGCGACGCCCUGAAGACGCUAGCGAAGAACGGCAUCCUUAGUGCUCCAAUGGUCAUCUCGCCAGACAUAGAGGAGGUGCAGGGAGGAUCGAUGAGCCCACAGCUGCUGGGCUGGAUCGACGUGGCCGAUGUGUUGCGCGGCUUCCUGCAGCACCUGCAGGAGGCGGGGCACGAGCUGCCCACCCAGAUGCUGAAGCUCAUGACUCUGCUAGAAAAGGAAGGGCCGGUGUUCAGCGACCGGCUGCUGGUCACAAUCAGGGGCGUGGAGGACCGCGGGCUGGUGUACCAGGCUGAGGGCGGCACCACCUCGUUGCUGGACGCCAUCCGCAACCUCUUCCUGCGGCCCGUGGUGCACCGGCUGGCGGUGUUUGAGGCGCACGGCGAGAUCACAAACAUCGUCAGCCAGACAGAUGUGAUGCGCUUCCUGCUGUCCCGCGUGGAUGAGCUGGGCCCGGUGGCCAACCAGAGCUUGGAGGAGCUUGGCAUGCUGACAGGCAAGCCGCCGGUGCUGUCUGUGAACCCACACCUGCCCGCCCUGCUGGCCUACGCACAGUUCGCAGCUCAGCAGGUGUCUGGCGCCCCGGUGGUGACUGACAGCGGCGAGCUGAUCGCCAACCUGUCCAUCUCAGACAUCAGGGCCAUCACCGCGGAGCAGUUUGGCGCGCUGGCGCUGCCCGUGGCCGAGUUUUUGGCUGUGCAGCACGGUACCGCGUACCUGGGGUACAGCGCCACCACCAGCGAGCACGCGCGCCACCCCUUCUUCGCCUCGGCCAACCGCUCGGGCGGGCCCGCCAAGGGCGACAUCCAGCUGUUCACGGCCCGCAGGGACACCACGCUGGCGCAGCUGCUGCAGAAGAUUGUGGGCGAGCACAUCCACCGCGUUUAUGUGGUGGACAGCGACGAGGCGCCGCGCGUGCAGGCCGUCAUCACGCCGACAGACAUCCUGCGCCUGGUGGCAGGCGUGUACUGA